AUGUUGGUAGGAUUUCUCCUAGUUUGUGCAACCGUGCUGGCAAAGGACACCGGGAAGACCGCAUGCGAGCUUUCCAACACAGAAUGCGCCCAAAACCUGAAGGACGCGGGCUGCAAGACGUGCGUCGGGACGGAGCCUGACCAGACGUGCACUGAGUGUACAGAUCCCUCCCACAAUGUACAGAUUGACAAGAAGAGUUGCGACGCCAACUGCCCGGAGCACGCCGCGGCCAACUCGAAAGUGUGCGGGUGCGUCGCUGGGUACCAGCCGACUCCCGGGCAGAACCAGUGCGAGCUUUCCAACACAGAAUGCGCCCAAAACCUGAAGGACGCGGGCUGCAAGACGUGCGUCGGGACGGAGCCUGACCAGACGUGCACUGAGUGUACAGAUCCCUCCCACAAUGUACAGAUUGACAAGAAGAGUUGCGACGCCAACUGCCCGGAGCACGCCGCGGCCAACUCGAAAGUGUGCGGGUGCGUCGCUGGGUACCAGCCGACUCCCGGGCAGAACCAGUGCGAGCUUUCCAACACAGAAUGCGCCCAAAACCUGAAGGACGCGGGCUGCAAGACGUGCGUCGGGACGGAGCCUGACCAGACGUGCACUGAGUGUACAGAUCCCUCCCACAAUGUACAGAUUGACAAGAAGAGUUGCGACGCCAACUGCCCGGAGCACGCCGCGGCCAACUCGAAAGUGUGCGGGUGCGUCGCUGGGUACCAGCCGACUCCCGGGCAGAACCAGUGCGAGCUUUCCAACACAGAAUGCGCCCAAAACCUGAAGGACGCGGGCUGCAAGACGUGCGUCGGGACGGAGCCUGACCAGACGUGCACUGAGUGUACAGAUCCCUCCCACAAUGUACAGAUUGACAAGAAGAGUUGCGACGCCAACUGCCCGGAGCACGCCGCGGCCAACUCGAAAGUGUGCGGGUGCGUCGCUGGGUACCAGCCGACUCCCGGGCAGAACCAGUGCGAGCUUUCCAACACAGAAUGCGCCCAAAACCUGAAGGACGCGGGCUGCAAGACGUGCGUCGGGACGGAGCCUGACCAGACGUGCACUGAGUGUACAGAUCCCUCCCACAAUGUACAGAUUGACAAGAAGAGUUGCGACGCCAACUGCCCGGAGCACGCCGCGGCCAACUCGAAAGUGUGCGGGUGCGUCGCUGGGUACCAGCCGACUCCCGGGCAGAACCAGUGCGAGCUUUCCAACACAGAAUGCGCCCAAAACCUGAAGGACGCGGGCUGCAAGACGUGCGUCGGGACGGAGCCUGACCAGACGUGCACUGAGUGUACAGAUCCCUCCCACAAUGUACAGAUUGACAAGAAGAGUUGCGACGCCAACUGCCCGGAGCACGCCGCGGCCAACUCGAAAGUGUGCGGGUGCGUCGCUGGGUACCAGCCGACUCCCGGGCAGAACCAGUGCGAGAAGGCCCCUAACACGCAGUGCAAUACUCCCAACUGCAAGACCUGUGACAACCCCAAAACAGACAACGAAAUCUGCACCGAAUGUAAUGAUGGCAACUACCUCACCCCGACAAAGCAGUGCACGCAGAGCUGCGGAACAAUAGGAAGCUACUAUGAUGGAGACAAAGCGUGCGAGCCUUGUGAUCCUAGCUGUGCUGGGUGCACCACAAAGGGGCCAGCGAAGUGCACGCUGUGUCCUCCCGGGAAGAGGCUCCAGUACACCAAUGAUGAUCCUAAUCAAGGUGGAUCUUGUGUAGAUGAGUGCAAAGCAGAGAUGGACGGGUGUGCAGAGUGUGGAGCGAUAAUCGGCGGUACGAAGUACUGUUCAAAAUGCAAGGAAGAUAAGUGGGCACCUCAGAAUGGCGUGUGCGCUAAUUCAGUAACAAGGAAUUCAUUCUGCACGAACGCAGCAGGUGGUGUAUGCACUCAGUGUGCUGCAGAUCAUUUCCUUCAAGAUGGCGGUUGCUACAAACUCGGCAGACAGCCUGGUGUCCAGAUAUGUGCAGCGGCGGGUCCCAAUAGCCUGUGUACUACGUGCGUAAAUGGACAGAGACCAGAUACCAAUACUGGAGCCUGUCCUGUGUGUCCAACAGGCUGUGACACAUGUACAGGGACAUCCUCGCGGGCGCCCGAAUGCCAAUCUUGCCUUCUGGGAUACUAUUUCGAUUCUGAUAAAAAACUGUGUGUGAAAUGUACCGAGAAUAGUAGUGCUAUUCAAGGUGUUAGCAGCUGUGUGAGCUGCGCUCCUCCAUCUAACAAUCAAGGAUCUGUCGUCUGCUACCUCAUAAAUGAUAGCGGUAGCACAAACAAGAGUAGCGGGCUCUCCACGGGGGCCAUAGCGGGGAUCUCCGUUGCUGUGGUCGUUGUUGUGGGGGGUCUCGUAGGGUUCCUUUGCUGGUGGUUCCUCUGCCGGGGCAAGGCGUGA